UAAGUAAGCGUGACGCUCUUCUCUGCCGGAUUGUUUUCAUUUGUUGCGGAAAAGUUGGAAUUUCUAUGUUUCAUACUGGAACAGUCUGAAAGUUGCUGAAAAGGAGCAAAAGUAGUCCAGUCCACUUAUCUUCGCAGAUAAAUGUGGAGUCUUAAGGGACCUGUGUACAGAUUAUUGUAGAUGAUGAUGACAGUAAGGUUUGGUCGCUUUACGAUGCUGGUCCAAAAAACGUCCGGUGUCCCCUUAUUUUUUUACCUCCUGUAAGUGGAACCGCUGACAUAUUCUUUCAGCAAAUUCUGGCUUUGACAGCAUGGGGAUACAGAGUCAUAUCUCUCCAGUAUCCAGUAUAUUGGGAUCUCUUUGAAUUCUGUGAUGGUUUCCGGAAACUUCUUGACCACCUCCAACUUGAUAAGGUUCAUCUUUUUGGAGCAUCCUUAGGAGGCUUUUUGGCUCAAAAGUUUGCAGAAUACACCCACAAAUCUCCAAGGGUGCAUUCCCUUAUUCUCUGUAAUGCUUUCAGUGACACGUCAAUCUUCAACCAGACAUGGACUGCAAGCAGCUUUUGGUUGAUGCCUGCAUUUAUGCUAAAGAAGAUAGUUCUUGGUAAUUUUGCAACUGGUCCAGUUGACGCUAGCAUGGCACAUGCAAUAGACUUUAUGGUCGACAGGCUUGAAAGUCUAAACCAAAGUGAAUUAGCAUCUCGACUUACUAUGAACUGCCAGAAUUCUUAUGUGGAACCACACAAAAUUAAAGAUGUGGCUGUGACCAUCAUGGAUGUGUUUGACCAAAGUGCUCUUUCAGUUGAGGCCAAGGAAGAAAUGUAUAAACUGUAUCCUAAUGCAAGACGAGCACAUCUCAAGACAGGAGGAAACUUUCCAUAUUUGUGUAGGAGUGCUGAAGUCAACAUUUAUAUACAGAUUCAUCUCCGACAAUUCCAUGGUACACGCUAUGCAGCUAUUGACCCUGCUAUGGUGAACAAAGAGGAACUUGAAGUUCAGAUGAGCAGCUUGAAUGACAGUAAUGAUGUGCAACAGUAACUUUCACAGUUUUUUUUUUUUUUUUUUU